AUGUAUAGAAAUCGGUUUCUGGGAACUACAGAUUGGAAUACUGUUACAUCGCUUUUAAGUGAUUAUUCCGUACCAACAAAACUAACCGAUGGCGUUGUAUUGAACCAUGUGAAACAACAAGACGAUUUAAUUUUAAUUGAAUUGGGUACUUUAUUGAGCAACCAGGAAUGCGAUGAAAUCCUGGCCAAUAUUAGUCAAGAAAAAUUUGAAAAUAUGUUAGAUAAGUAUGAUGUUCAAAAACGUAAUAAUUUGCGAUUAGUAGUUAUAGAUGAUCGAUUCGCUCGAACACUUUGGCGACGUCUAAAAUUUAGUAACAAAAUAACUAAAUUAGUUUCUAAUAAGAAACCAUUGGGAUUCAAUGUGCAAGGUGAUUGGGAGAUAAGUGGUGUGAAUAAAGCCAUGCGAUUGAAUAAAUACCAUCAAGAUGAACAUUUUGGACCUCAUAAAGAUGCACAGUAUGCUCCGAACGGAGAUGAACGAUCAUUAUUGAGUUUAGUGAUUUAUUUGAAUGACAAUUAUGAUAAAGGUGAGACAAAAUUUUAUUUUCCAAAACAGAACAAAAAACCCAAUACGAAAGGAUUAACAAUUGAGGAAGAAAUUCAAGCUUAUGGGGGAUUGGAAAAUGGAUAUGAAUGUGUGACGAUUAAACCAAAGAAAGGUUACGCCAUUCUUUUUACACAUAAUCUCUUACACGAGGCCAUAGCACCACAGAUGGGGAAUUCUCUCAAUGUGACGGAACGUGUCGUCUUGAGAACUGAUGUACUCGUGCAGCGAAAAGGAAAGCCACUCGGAUUUGCUAUUUGUCCAGAGGAAGAAGAAGAUUAUCUUGCUUGCCUGAAUUUUUUUCGUGAAGCUCAACAAAAUGAAUUGAACAUAUAUAGAAACUGUGGUGAAUUCGUAAAAACAAGUGACAUCGGUGAGUUAUAUGAACGUUCAUUAUCGAUUCGAUAUAGUUAUCCACGAUUACUCGAACUCAAAUUAAAAGCACAGACUAUCCAUCAAGACGACGAAAAGCUAUUGAUUGACCAACUGCCUCCUGAGAUGUGGCUUUAUAUUUUCAAAUAUUUGCAUCAACAAGAUGUGCAACAUUUAAUAUUUGCCUUUCCACAAUUUCAAUUAUUAAAAAUCGCUUGGGAUGCUCAAGAGAUGAAAAUUUUCGAAACCGAUAGCUGUCUUCAAAAAUUCAUUCCAACUAUUCACACUAAGUAUGGUAGUCGAACUCUAUUCCGAUUUUCUGAUAGCGAAUUUUUCUAUCAACAUAUCGAAGGUUGUUGUCGAGUAGCCGCCGUCUAUGCUUUCUUUCUAUUGGGACAUCGGGACGAUUCAACCACGUACACCGUUCGAUAUGACAGAAAUACACAAGAAAUAUGUGAAGUCAAGAGAGAGAGAAUAUUGGCAGAUGCAUUUUACAAUCGCAAUUGUUAUGGUUCUCUCUAUCGAGUGGUACAAAAGGACGAGUCAAAACGACAGCCAAACAUUGACUUAGAUUAUAGUGUUGAUCGUACCUAUAUGACAAAUCGUCAUCAAGCUCAAUUUAUUGGACAAGAUCUUUUAUCGCGAUUUCAUUUCGAAAUGCGCAUCACUGAUUCGUUAAAUUCUGAAAGAAUUGACUGUUAUGCAAGAGAUGAGUUAGAUAAAUCCGUCAUCUUGACUCAUCAGAGAACUCAUGCUUUGUACGAUCGAGAGAAAAAGCUGGUUGAUCAAUAUUCGACUAUGGAAGAAGAUAGUCAUGCUUGGAUGGAUAUGACAGAGUGUUCAAGAGAUGAUAUGAUGGGUUACUAUGAAAAUUUAUUGAAGCAGAUAGAGAAAAAGUCGGGCACAAGUCUUUUACGAAUUUUAUCAGCAGACGAUCAUGUCAUUGAUAGAAUAUGUUGCUGUUCAUUAGGAGCUCGUUCAAGUAUGGACGAAAUUGAACGUUUGAUUGUCAACUACAAUCAUCUGGUAUUCGAUUUUGAUACACAUCGAUUAGCUGUUGAACAGCUGUCAGACGAGAAACUGAGUUCUUUUGAUCGUAAUUCGCUUUUAUACACAUGCAUUAGAACGCUCCAACGUUCAGUACCACGAGGAAAUCCUAUUACAUGUUAUCGUGUCAACAUUGAAAAAUUGGCAAAGGAAACAAAAGGAUUCAAUCAUGCAUCCUGUCAAUGUUCAUAUCCAGAAGUCAAAAUUGAUCAAUUUUCAUUUCUCGAUUAUACAUAUUUGUCACAUGUACACUUAGCUGUUGGUCAGAACAAAAAUGAUGUGUUUGUUUUAGUCACUUAUGGUGGUGUUGCUGCAUUGUAA